AUGCAUCUAGCACCACUCCUAACAAUCCUCGCAACCCUGUGCUCCAUCACAACCGCCAUACCACUCGGACAAGAUCAAAGCCAGCCCACAACACCCACACCGUCCACCAACCCUUCGGCCUCGGCCUCACACACCCACUCGGCCACGGCUCCUGUGCGCACACCCGUCGGCCCGUACCAAUGCCCCCAGGAACAGUACAAGGCGUGCUGCCAGUCUCUUGAGCAGACUACACAGGAUGUCUUCACGUCGUUGGGCGAAGUUCUCCCGAUGGUGGGUGGGAUUCAAGUUAGCUCGAAGGUUUCCUUCCAAUGCAAUCGCAUGACUGAUAAUGCCGACCCGGCUACUUGCAAGGGUCAUGGAUAUACGCCCAUGUGCUGCUCGAACAAAAUUAACGGCGAUGCUGUCAGCAGCUGCAAGUCUUUUGAGUCUGCCAAGGAGAAAUAUUAUCAAUCCCUCGGUUACAAUGUUGAUGAGGAGUCUACUACGGAGUUGGUCAAUGAUGUGAUGUCAUAA